CGGCAGCCCCGGCGCUGCGGCCCACGGCCCCGAGCGCUCCGGAGUUUUCCCGAGAGCUUCCCCGGGCUGUGGCGUGGGUGCUGGGUGCUCCUGGGCCCUUCCUUGGGGCCCCGCCAGGAACACUCGGCCGGUCGCCGCUGGGCGUCGUCAGUAGUUUUGCUGAAGUAAGUGGAGAGGGAAAGUUGUUGUUCCGCCGAGGGACAGGCCCUUUGCCGGGAUUUCUCUGCCGUUCCCACCGUUUGGGGCUUUUGGGGGCUGGAGAUAACCCAGUGCGGCCCCGGGGCAGGUCCUGUGCCUCCUGCCCUAACCUGCCCCGGAGCACCCCCGGGAAACUGAGGGCGGGAGCCGUGUGCCAGCAGGGAUGGCCGGCAGGAGCCAUGACCGGAGCCUGCGGGAGGAGCUGACCUGUGCCAUCUGCUGCGACCUCUUCAGCGAGCCCGUCAUGCUGGACUGCAUGCACCACUUCUGCAAGGCCUGCAUCCAGCGCUACUGGGAGAGCUGCACCCGCGUCCCCUCCUGCCCCCAGUGCCGCCGUGAGUUCCCCAGCCGGGCUUUCCGCACCCACUACCUGUUGUCGGGGCUGGUGGAGAAGGUGAGGCGCUGUGGCUCCGCCGAGCACCGGCACAAGAUGCAGAAGCACCUGGAAGAUGCUUUGCAAGCUCGUCAGAAGGAGAUGGAGAACUUCUUGCAGAGAAAGCAUGCGAUGCAGGAAGAUGUCUGUGGCCUGACGAAAGUGUCUGGGGAGCUGAACUUCAAGAUCCGGGCAGAGUUUGGCCGCCUUCAUCAGAUCCUGGAGGAAGAGGAGAGAGCUGUGCUGGCAGAGCUGGGCAAAAAGGAAGAGCAGUCACUGGCACGACUGCACAGGGAUCUCCACCAGCUGGAGGAGAGGAUGUCGGUGCUGCAGAAGGACAUCGAGCACAUAGAGCAGACACUGAGUAAGAUAGAAGAAGUGUCAUUGCUGGAGGUGGAGAGCCUGGAUAUCAGGCCCUCGAUGCGUGUCCAGACCCAGCCCACCUUCAACCUGGAGCACUACAGGGACAGCCACAGCGGCCCCUUGCAGUACAUCUUCUGGAGACAGAUGCUGAAGUUCAUUUGCCCCGCUCCUGCCCCACUCACCUUCGACCCUGAUUCAGCCCACCCCAACCUGGUCUUCUCCAGAGACCUGACAGCAGUGACAGAGAGGGAUCAAGCCCAGCCUGUCCCCACCAGCCCCCGGCGCUUCUGUCAGUGCGUCAACGUCCUGGGCUCGCAGACCUUUGACAGCGGCCAGCACUACUGGGAGGUCUGGGUGGGCAGCAAAACCAAGUGGGAUCUGGGGGUGGCCGCCGAGGCUGUGGACCGGGCAGCGAAGGUCAAGCUGUGCCCGGAAAACGGCUACUGGACGCUUCGCCUGCGGAACAGGACAGAGUAUUGGGCCACCACCACCCCCUGGGUGCGCCUGACCCCCCGCCGGCCCCCCCGGAAAGUGGGGGUCUUCCUAGACUGCCAGGAGGGCACCGUCACCUUCUUUGACGCCAGGGACAUGUCCCACCUCUUCACCUUCCACCAGGUCUCUGCGGAGCGAUACUGCCCCUUCUUCAGCACCUGCUUCAGUGACGGGAGGGACAACAUGGAGCCCAUGCGCCUCUGCCACCUGGCCCUGUGAGGGGCAGGGGGCCCUGGGGGCACCAGCCUGGCUCCUUGUCCCUGCCCGCUGGCUGCCUGGAGCCGUGCUGGGGGCAUGUUCUGCACACACAGACCUGGUGGGUGUUGGAGGGGAUGUUUUUUUCGGUCUAGGGAGGAAGGAGCAGGAUGUGAGUCUUCCCAGCUCCCAUCUGCCCUCCCUCCCCUGUGCCAUAGGCUGUGGGUGCUGCACUGCACUCCCAGAGGUCCCUGGCGCCCCUUGAAGAAAAACCUCCUGUGCCUGAGCGUUUCACGGUUUAGUAACCGCAGCCCCAGGGCUGCAGCGGAGAUGGCCGCAAGCUGCUUCCUCUUCUGUCCCUCCCCACUCCCACCCCUAAACCCUGCGGAGGACAGCGGUCCCAGAGCACCAUCGGCUGCCUCUUGACACUCAAGUCUGUGUCCCAGCCGUGGGCUUCCUCCGCUAGAAGGGCCGCGGGCUGGCGGCAGAGGGAGCUCGGUGCACGGUGUGGGACCCCUGUGGUGCUGCCUCCCCUCCCCUCCCUCACCAUUAAAGCUUGUUAGAA